AUGAAAGUACUAAUUUUUAAAAAUUUAAUUUUGGCCUAUUUAAUAGACCAAAUGCAAGUAGAAUCAGAUUUAAACAGUUUUUUACACUGAAAAAUUAAUUUUUUAUUUAAUUCUUAUAAAAAUAUGGGAUUUUCUCAUGGAUGGCGCUAUUUCGGCCUUGAUUUUCCCACUGGGAAAAUUUUUUGGUUUUACCAAUCCAUAUGGUACCGGCCGAAUCAAAAAAUAUUCCAAGUGGGAAAAUCAAGGCCAAAACAGCGCCAUCCACAGUAA